AUGGCUGAACAGGUCUACAACCCCGACCACACCAUGACUGCUGCUGAAGAGGAGGCCCUCGUUGCCUCCGGGGAAGACCUUGCUGUGGACGACCUGCCCGAAGGCAUGUUUCACCACCUCGCGGACCCUGUUGACCUCCCUGCUGCAAAGAAACCGUGCACGGCUUCUAACGCCAGCCCCGCUCCCAAUUCCUCCCCCUCCACCUCCUACGGUGCGGGUCCGGCGCUCCCUGCACACGCUCCCGCGUCCCUCGCUAUCGCUGCCCUCACUGCGCCCUCGCUUGGCCUGGCACCGUCGCAGGCCGCAACUGCACCAUCUCCCAACUGCCAGGCAGCUCGCGCAACCGCCUACGCGUCCGUCGCCUCAGGUUCCAACCUGGCGCCGGCGCUGCCUGCAUCGCUCUUCGCCUCGCCCACUCCGGGCGGCGCCCCCCGCAAUCUGCGGCGCGCGCGCACGGAUGCUGCUGCCCCGAUGCUCUUCCCCCUGCGUCGCCGCGCGGUAGUUAAUGUUCUCCUCCCGGAAGCUGGGCUGGAGUCUCACCGCUCUGAAAUCUUCGCAGGCAUUAAUUCGCAGCUUUGUGGCUUCAUGUUCGCAUCCGGCAUUGUCCCUUCCUUCGAGCAGACCAUUGGAGACCCCUACCGUGUGGCACGCCGUGUGUAUGGCCGCCUGCUCUUCUCAUGGCCGUCGCAGGAAGAUGCGGCGGCCUUUCGCAAGCUGUUUCCACUCACCCUCAAAGUCUCCAACUCCCGCCCCCUGCUGCUUAAGGUGUUUGAGGACAGGUUUGCAGCCUUCACUGCUGCCAAGGCUGCCGGCGCAACCACCCUGUCUAUUCGGAACGUCCCUCUGGAUUUCGAUCCAGAGGAUAUCCGCGCGUAUCUCCUCGGCUCCACCGAUUCUGAUGGCGCGCACUGGCUGGCAAAUCUGACGGAUUUCCACCGUGCUUCGGACCCCUACGAGGACACGUACUUCACGCACCUCGCUGGGCUCCCAAUCGCCACCCCCGACGACCCGAAUUUCGAGCGCAUCCCUUCCGAAAUCCCACUGGAGGAGAACAAGCCUCCCAUGGUACUCAACUUCUCCAGCCACGCGUGCGCGCUGUGCGCCAACAAUCAUCGCGCGUCUGACCACGAGGCGUUCGCAGCCCGCCGGCGGCAGCGCCUCACAAACCGGAAUGUGAUCUCAGUCGCGCAGCUUCAAAAGACUAAUGCUAUGCUACCUCACCUUCCCCUUGCCUCACCGCCCCGAUCCCCUCGUGCUCCCCCCUCUGUUAGUCAUUUCGACAUCUCCCCCCCCUGCUGCACCACCCCCCCCGCUCUUCCAGAGCUACAGCCCUCACCCAUUUUGCUUUGUCCCAUUGUCGCCUCAUCCCCUAUGUCCCCCCUGCUAUGCUACCUCACCUUCCCCUUGCCUUACCGCUCUGGCCCCCUCGUGCUCCCCCUUCUGCUAUCCAUUUUGACACCCCUUCCCCCCUGGCACAUUAUCUUCCCGCUUCUCCAGAGCUACAGCCCUCACCCACGCUGCUCUGUCUCAUCUCUGCCUCAUCCCCCUCUGCCCUCCCAGCUAUGCUACUUCACCAUCUCCCCGCCUUACCUCUCUGGUCCCCUCGUGCUCCCCCUUCCGCUAUCCACUUUGACAUCUCCCCCCCCUUGCUACACUACCCCCCCGCUCUUCCAGCAGUACAGUUCUCACCCACGCUGCUCUGCCCCUUUGCUGCCUCCCCUCCCUCCUCUGACCACCCAGCUGCCGGGCCGCCACGAUCACCGAUGCCCGAUUCCCCCCCAUCACUCUACCCCUGCCUCCCCUCCGCCCCGCAGCCAACGCGCUCCCAUGGAAUUCCCCCCCCGCAACCCCAUUUCUACCCCCCCCUAUGCCCACCGUCUCAUCCCCCCCUGCCCCCCCCAGCGGUCGGACCCCUGCACUCCCACAAGCUUACCCCAACCCCUCACCCUCCCCGCCCUUGCCUCUCUCUACAGCCCACUCUUCCCAACAGCCCCUCCCCCCCCCCCACCUCAUCCACUCCAACCCCACCCCUUGGGGCUCACCCCCCCUUCUCUCGCCCGAAUUCUGCCCCUCCUCGCCGCACAGCACUCACCUUUCCCUUCUUUCUCCCCACCCUCGCCCCUCCCCACCAACAGCCCCCCUAUGAAACCCUCCUCUGUCUGCUCCCCCUCCCCCCGACUGCACUCUCCUCAACCCCCUCCCCCUCAGCCCUCAGCUAUUCCCGCCCCCCUUGUGGUUGGGCUCUUAUCCCACCCUGCUCCCCUUCUGGCUUCCCCCCCCCCUUCUUUGAACUUCCUCCUCCACGCAGGCAAAAUCCUUGGAAACCACGCCGCGCCUACCACCUUGAGCAACGAUCCUGGCCUUAUCUACAUCGGGCUCGACGAAAAGGUCGAGCCCUGGACAUGUGCGCUCUGCGAUUUCACCUGUGGCGCUGCCCUCGACAGCGCCAUGCUCCACAUUCAGUCCGAGCUGCAUGCCUCGCGCGUGAAGGCUACGGCCCACCUCCCGGCAGCCAAGGAGGCCUAUGGCCCCUGGCGCGCUCUCACUCUGCAGCAGAAGCCUUCGCGCUCCCCUUUCCCUAUCCGAAAUCGGAAAAGCACUCCUCUCUCUUUCACGAGGGAAAACCCCAGGCCCAGACGGUCUCCCAGGGGAGCUCUUUCGACAAUUCUCCCCGCGCUUCGCACCGGCCUUCCACUCCCUACUCUCACCACCACAGCCACUCUCCUGCCUCCCGCCGUCCAUGUUGACCGGACGAACGGUCCUUAUCCCCAAAAGGGGGGUUUCUCGCUAGUGGAAAAUCUCCGCCCCAUUACCCUAAUGAACGCGGAUUACAAGGUACUCGCGCUAUGCCUUGCUAACCGUCUUCAGCCCGUCCUCCCCCAACUCAUCCACCCAUCCCAAACUGCCUUUAUCAAACACAGGAAAAUCGGUGAUACCAUUAACGAUACCUUGGACAUCAUGGACUGGGCGACCUAUUCCUCGGCGCCCCUUCUCGCUCUCACUGUGGACUUUCGCAAAGCAUACGACCUCGUCGACAGGCCUUUCCUCCUCCACGCCUUAUCAGUUCUGGGACUCCCCACAUCCUUCAUCCACUGGGUUCGAUUAAUGCAUUCCAACACGUGUACACGUAUCUCGGUUAAUAACAUGCUCGGCCCCACCUUCCCCGUCCGCACUGGUGUCCGUCAGGGCUGCCCACUGGCUCCCCUGCUCUUCGUUUGCGUCAUGGAGAUCUUUCACCGCUACACGUCCCUCUUCCUUCCUGGCUUCGCCUUGUCCCACGCACAGCGCCGUCUUAUGGCGUGCUAUGCAGACGACGUCACUCUCUUCCUCACCUCAGAUACAGAGCUCGGACUUGCUGUAGUGCUGCUCGGUGUCUUUGGAUCGGUCUCCGGAGAAAUCCCCAACUGGAGAAAAUACUCCAUAAUUCCAUUCAAUAUUCCCCCUACUGACCUCGUGCACGCCGGGAGCAUACCUAUCCGAGUUCCCACGCAGAACGCAUCCUCGGAAUUUGCGUUGAGCGCCUACACCCUGGCUCCACCACCUGGAACAAGGCUCUCGCCCGCAUACAAAGCACCGCCAAGUGUCUAG